AUGUCAUGGUGACCGUACGUGCGGCCAAACAAAUUACAGGGAAAUUGCGUCACCUGCAGGAAUUUCCACUCAGCAUUGUCGUCGGAUGGCAUCAGAAAUCGUUGGACAUGUUGUAACAUUAAUUUGACAUUUUACGGCCCAGGACAGGGAUCAGCGACACAGGACAACGAGAAAACCCAACGGCAGACAGCUGUCGAGCGGGACAAGGAUGCUGAAGCCACCGAGGGAUCUUGCAGCAUCAUCUCCAAGACACUCGAAUAA